CGAGGACCACUUAUAGAUCUAUCUGAUCAGUCCAGUAGAUGCAGGCAGGUCGCAGUCCAGCUACAGAUUAUGGCGCGUUUGUAGUCGGCGUCCUCGGCCGGAUGACCCGGGAAAAGGGCACCAUAGACCAAAGGAUGCUCCGGCAAUGCCUCGGUCUCUCGUCCUCCUACCUCCUCACAGACACAAGCAUGAACCCAGACACAGGCAUCACAACAUGGGCGACGGGGUUCCACAGACUCGUCGAUGUCCUCGUCGCCCUGCACGCCAGGGGCGAGCUGGAGCUCGAGACCGUGAACGAGGCAUCGAAAGCAUGUUCCGAGUGCUGGAACGUAUCUGGCGCCUGGAAGGGCAUGGAGGGCUGUCGGGAAGGGGUGCGGGGUGUCGCUGCGAAACUGAAGAGUUUACUCGACGAGAACGGACGGACGUACCGCGGCGAGAGGGUGUACACUCCGUAGUCCCCGGCUCUGUGACACGGGCGCCCACAAUCCGACUGUCUCGUUGCAGGCCUCAUGCCUGUCAUCUGUUCCUUCCCUCGCACAUCUGUACCGAUUCCGCGUAAUUACCUGGGCGCCUCGGAGACAUCUCCCCGGCGUCUAAUGCAUACUGUGUG